AUGACCACUGACUCGAUACCAACAGGUGCUCCGUUGCCUUUCACUGGAAUAGCGAUAGCAGUAGUUUCAAGUUUUAUCAAUGGGUCAACAUUUGUGCUUCAAAAGAAGGGAAUAUUACGGUCUCUCGACAGAGGUACAGUGAAACAGCAGGAGCACGCGUCCUUAUUCCGAUGGGAUACUAACACAUGCAAAAUGAAUGGCAUUUUCAGGUUAAUCAAGCUCAUAAAAAUUUAAGUCUUUUAUAUAUUUUCUACAGGAAAGUCGUAUCUCACAGAUGCGGUGUGGUGGAGUGGGACAGUGUCCAGUAAGUAUAGCGCCCUCUAUCGAUACUAGCUGGAACAUGAAAAUAAUGUGCGAACAGUGUGCAGGAUCAUAGUAUAUGCAGUCUUUAAGUAUCCCCGACUUUCUUCAUGCACGAUCUUAACUCAGCUUUCUAUUAAUCUUAUCAGUGAUUGUUGGCCAAAUUGGGAAUUUCCUGGCUUACAAUGCGGCCCCUGCUGUGAUAGUGACACCUCUAGGAGCCCUUGGGGUGUUAUUUGGGUAAGUCAGGGAAAAAACUGAAUAGUCAUCCACUAUAUUUAGCAUUGUGAUGUGGGUUGAACAAACUAGAACCAUUGAACAUUUUAUUUAACCACAAACUUUGUUUGUCUUUUACUAUGAAAGAAGGUGUCCAAUUUUUGUUGUGAUGUGAAAUGUCUAUGUCAGUGUCAGAUUUUGAUGAUGCAUGAAAAAACUUUGCUUUUCAGAGAUACCAUUCAAAGCAGCUGUAAGGAACUUUUGGGUCAUGUCCAUUUCAGCACUUUCUUGUGGAACAACUGAUACCUCUAAUCUUUUGUCUUUUUAGUGUGAAAGUAGUGUUUUCAGACAAAAACCUAAUGCUCAGGGUUCCUACGCAAGUAUGGAAAUAAAUUUAGUCAAUUUCCAGGAAUUAAAAAGUAUGUAAAAUGAAAAAUAAUAUAUGGAAAAAUAUUUAUGUUUCUAGACUAUUACCACUGUUCUAGUUUUGUUCAGAUCGUAUUUUAUGCUGAACCAGGCACAGUUUGUGUGAGAGGAAACAUUUCAAAAAACGUACCAACUGAUUGACAAUAGUAUGUGUACUCUGCUGCCCCACGACCUUCCUCUAGCCCUGUGUGUGUGUGUGUGCGUGUGUGCGUGUGUGCGUGUGUGGGUGUGUGUGUGUGUGUGUGUGCGUGUGUGCGUGUGUGUGUGUUUGUAACAGUAUUUACAGUUUUGUGUUCAGACACUUGAGGGACACAAAAAAUUCUUCAACUCUUAAAACGAGUUACAAUAAAAUUCAAUGCAUUGAACUUACCUAAGUUUAUUAAUGGCUAUAAUCACCUAAUUAGAAACUAGAAAAGAAAUGGGGGGGGGGGUGUUAAGUAAAUCAAAAUUUGUUUGGAAGAGAACUUUUUGGAACAGUUUUGAUACCUCAGCCUGUUUGUUUUCCUGUUGGCUGAUGGAGUCUUUCAGGAUCUUUUUUUGCUUCUUCAAAGUCUUGAGCUCAGCGAUGGUGAAGCAGAGAGUUUCUCUCAGACUCUGGGCAAUUUGAGCAUCGCUGAGCUAGUGAUGGUGUCUCUGCAGCUGAACAGCUGUGGGAGACAAAAUGACAUAAGCUUCAUUUUAAAAAAUUACAGAGCUUUGUAGAUAUGGAUACAUAAACAUUUUAGUUAUUUACAGAGAGUUCAAUGAGAAAGUCUUACCAGGUGUCCUGCUGGAAAUCUCACGUACAUAUUUGUACAGUGAUUAAACAAGUUGAAACAGAGUCAAAGUGUCAGAGUUAUCACAAAUUAUCACACAAAAAAACUAUCUUCUGAUAUUAAGUUAAAAAAAAAAUGAUCACAAAAAACAGAUGUCUACCAAUAUUCUACAGAUUCGAUUGUUAAGAAAAGUUUGUUAUUGAAGUUGUUGAUAAAUGUUCAAAAUAUUCUUCCAAUACACAGAGUUGAUACUGUUCACUCGAUGGUUUGAGUUGGUCUGAUCAUUUUCUCCAGGUUUAAGGUUUAAGUUCAGGUCCUGUUCAUUCUGUGGUCACUGAUCUAGAAUGUUGGUCAGAAUGGAGGAUUCUAACAGAGUGUUCCACCUGCUUCAUAUUCAAAUCAUGCAUUUUCUGCAUAUCAUGAAAUACCAUUACUUUUAAUGUAAAGUUUUAACUGCUUCAUUAGUGUGAGCAAUCGACGUUUCUAUCAGCAAAGAAAUUUAAAACAAACAAAUCACAACAUUUAUGUCACAAAUUCAUGUUCCAUGAUAGUAUGAUUAUUUUACAUUUCUUCAAAGACAAAACUAUCGAUACACUUUUUUUUUUAACAAUUCAGUGUAUUAAAUCUACAUGCAGUUACAUCACAGUUGAAUUCAUGACAGAGUGUGGAUCAAACAGCUCCUCUUAUUGAGUGGGUGAGGCCCUCAGGUUCUUGCAGACAGAAACAUACUGAACUGCUAAAGGAGGCCUUGGUCCUUUACCUAGAAGGAUUGUCAGCUUCUUCUCAGGUGGUUAAGUUGAACAAUUUGGGUUAUUGAUAUUUAUCUUUGGCAUUAAAACACUAUAGUGAGUGAUAACCUUAGCCUAGAGUUUACGUGAGGUAUACACAGUCCCAUUUAUUACCCAGCCUACAACAAAAGGAACAAAGUACUUCCAUAUAAAAUAUAUAUUUAUAAUAUAUAAAACAGUAGAUAAAGAGUCUUUAUCAUUUGAUUGUGGUGUGUCAAGUUUCCCAGUUUAGAAAUAUCUCUCUUCAUGGAGCAAGCGAACGUCAUAUAAUUAUACAUUGAUGUGGAGUUUCAACUAAGGCUUAGUCUUUUUAUGACUAAACAUACAUGUGCACUGUCAACCAGAAAGAGCAGGGCAAAGGGGUUGGAGCAUAGAUUUGUGACAUAGAAAAUCCCACUGUGUCCAAACCUGCUCUUUGGGUCUACAGGAGGUUCUACAUGCAGUUAUAUCACAGUUGAAUAAUGACAGUCUUUAGGGGAAUGAUGAAAGCUAUCAUAAAUAGCUUUCUUGGGAGCAUUGCAAUCCACUAACACACACUUGUUCCACAAUUGUCUGGCCUGCAGAGCGAGACACCGGGGGCUGGAGCUUGGAUUUGUGACAUAGAAAAUCCCACUGUGUCUUAACUUGCUCUUUGGGUCUACCAGAGGUUCACAGCGAUUUGAAUGCAGAAAUACUUAGAAAUGCAAUUUUGCACAGAUUUUUCUCAAGAUUUGUCCCCUAGCAUCAGAAAAAUGCCAUAUAAACAUGUAAAAAAAAAACAACAUGAUUUUCAUUGGAGUGGUUAUUAAAGAACGAUGUGCUAGCCAAUCCCCUGAGCUCCCUGGAUAUACAUCUGUUCUUUUCAGCUGAUCUCUUUCUUUCAUCAAGCUUUUCAGUUCAGGAUUAUACCAUGGUGUUUUGACAGAUCUGACAGUUAGUUUCUUGAUGGGUGCAUGCUGAUCACAGAAAAAGGAAAAUAACCUCAUGAAUUCAUGCAGAGUAGUAGCUUCAGUAUGAUUACAUUUGAACACACUGCCCGCUGUAUGUUUUGCAGGCCUUCAAUAAAGGCAUGAUUGCAGAAAUGAUUAUAGAAUCUUUUAUAUAUGAUUUUAGAUCUUGCUUUAGGAACUUCCACUUCUCUUGCCAUAGCAAUCAUAUUUUGUUACGAAACCCAACUCAGAGUUCCUGCACACAAAUAGAAAGUGAAAUGUUUUUGUUUUUUUUCUGGAAGAGGAAUGAGAGUAAAUCCACAGUAUAACAAUAGUGCCUUGGGGCUUUUAAAUAUAAUGUGAAAUAUGAUAUACUGAUAUAUUUACUCAGGUGGGUCAUAUUCUCUGAAAAAAAAAUCAUAAAAGUCUUAAAAUUAGGGUAUGGACUAUUUUUUUUUUUCCAAAUGUGUAGGAACCCUGCAUCCUGGUCCCUUUUAAAAGUGAAACGCGACACAGAGUAUUUGAUGUGGAAAACGGCUGUUUGUUCAGCCUGCUGUCAAUAGAUAACCCCCUCACAGCAGUUAAAGCCGUACAGCGCAGGUGUAGCCCUGCAAUGAUGCUGGUCAUGCACAUUCAGACUCAUGAAUGCCAUGUACAUGAUCAAAAUGCCUAUAAUGUUAGCUGCAGUUCACUUAACCACCAACGACAAGUCUCCAACAAUUUCACACAGCACCCCUAAUCUAAUUGUGAUGAUGUUUUACUUUACAUCUAUCAAGCACAUGAUUGCAGGUUCAAUAGAUAACCCAUUGUGUUGUACUUUCUGGAUUUCUAGAGCAUAUAGCCCCUCAUAUCUUGUAACUAUUUGCUGUUUUAUUGUUUAACAGGGCUGUGCUGGCAUCCUGGAUCUUGCAGGAGCAUUUAAACAUCCUGGGAAAACUUGGCUGUGUGUUAUGUUGCUGUGGUUCCAUUGUGCUGAUCAUUCAUGCACCUAAAUCAGAGACUGUAACGACAAGACUGGAAUUAGAAGAGAGACUUUUAGACCCCGGUGAGAGUUUCCUUUAUUUACUCUUGCUCUGAUGUACGUAUCCUCCAGAGUAAUUGAAAGGAAGGUUAAAAUCAGAAUAUCAUGAUUUGUAUGAAUCAAAAUAUCCUUUCUCGUCCUGCAGGCUUUGUAGUUUACGCCCUCCUGGUGGUUCUCCUGCUGCUCCUACUCAUUGUGUGGAUUGCUCCAGCUCACGGUGCAUCAAACAUCAUGGUAUAUGUGUCUAUAUGUUCCUUAUUGGGAAGUUUCACUGUCCCGAGCAGUAAAGGACUCGGCCUGGCUGCACAGGACGUCUUUGGAGAUGCACCCUCAAGCAGCAGAGCUCUGGCUCUCUUCCUCGGCCUCCUGGGGACACUGGCAGUCAGCAUCCUCAUACAGUUCUUCUUCAUCAACAAAGCACUGGAGUGUUACAGCUCCAACAUGUUUGAGGCCAUAUAUUAUGUGACAUUCACAUCCACUGUGAUUGUUGCUUCUGCAAUUCUCUUUAAGGAGUGGACUGCUGUGACUUUAACUGACAGCCUCGCCAUGCUUUGUGGUCUGACAACAGUGUGUACCGGGGUUGUUUUACUCCGUAUUUCCCAGGAGGCUUUGAUCACCUGGAAGAAGAAGACAGACUGAUUGUCUUUAUAGUACAGAGUGUACUCUUAGUUGGUUUUUCAGAGACUCCACUGUAAAUAACUAAAGCCACAGUUUAUUUAAAACUAAUUUAAUUCAACAUUUAAUUUGAAAUACCUCACUGUUUCUAAUGAGUCAUGUCUUUGUUACUUAUGUAAACUACAAAUACAAAUAAUUUAUAAUUACAUGCAAUAAGAAAAACACAGUCUGUUUUCAUUGUGAUUGUGGGACACAUCAAACAAGCCUGACUUGUAUCCUCUUGCAUUUUUUUCACUCGGAAAAUUUUAUAUGUAACAUCUUCAUUGAAUACUUACUAAUGUUUUGUCAUCUUAAAGCUCCUAUGAAGAAAUGACCAUGAAUUGAAUAGGACAUGUGUAUGUAUGUAUAUGUAUUAAUUCAGCUCCCAUGACCUGAAUUAAUGCUUUUGUCUCUAUAAGGGCUAUAAACACAAAUAACACUGCCAGUUACAUACUGAUAUUUUUUAAUAUAGUUGCUCUUAAAGCUCCUGUGAGGUUCUAAUGGUUUUUUAUCAAUUUUGGCAACCCCCGUGGACACAGGGGUCCUUGCUAAUCUUGUCCCAUACAUGCUUAAGUGGUGUUGUCUGACAAAAAAUUCCAUCUUGCUGACUUUGACAGUCAAAUAUAUCAUUCACUAUUUUAUUUGGACAUUUUAAGAACAUGGCUAUUGGGCUGACAUCAGUUUUAGGCAUUAAAAAUGACAACACACAUUGUCAAUCUUUUUGCUGAUGAUCUUGUUUCCCAUUGGAUAUCAUGAAAAUGUAUCAAUAUGAAUUUUAGUCUAUUUUGUAAUUAUCAAAAAACUCCUUGCAGGAGCUUUCAUGCCACUAAAAGCUGCAUUGAGCGAGGUGAUAUCAGUGUGUUUGAUUGCACACUCUUGAAAUUACCCUUAUUUUGGUGCCACUUUAUGCCUUCAUUGGGAUGAUAGAACAGUGGCUGGAGAGGGAAACUGAGAAAUUGAGAGUGCAGAAUGUCAUGCUGUAACUGGCCACUGUGAUCUUUGCCACUCAAGGGAUCACAGCCUUUGUACAUGUGGUGAACAAGUUAACCACUCGACCAUACUGCUGCUCUUAAACUGCCUUCUUAACAUUUCAGCUGCAAAGUCUCACAAUGAGGGAUACAUUCAAGCAUUUAAAUAAAGCACAAUAAAUGUAUCGCUACAAAUUAAUUUGGGACAAAUACAGCAAUGAGAAAAGAGGUGCUGCUUUAUCAACAGGGGCUGCCAAAAUCCACUCAAAUGAGAAGAUUCCUCAAGCUUUAAAUGUAAAGACUAGAAAAAUGGAGAUUGAAGGCAUACUUCUUUUUCUGUGAAUUUCUUGCUAAAACCUAUAAACCUUUUUGUCUUUACUUCUUUUCACUGGGUACUUUUACAAUAAUUUCUUGUAUCCUUAAAAGCAUGCCAAAUUAAAUUGAUUUUAAAAAUGGAUGCAAUAGCUUUAGUGACUAACUAAAAGAGGGGUUGGGGAGAAUUCACUACAGUGGGAGAGAAGGUUCUCUGAAUUCUACUCUAAGGGUCAAGUUAUGUUGAAUAAGUUAUAGGAAUAUCAAAGUGCUUUUUUUUUUUUUUAACUGCAGACUCUAAUAUUGUCCAGGGAUCUCAGUGAAUUUGACAACAAUUUUCUUGACACAGACAAAGACGCUUGAAGAUAUCAGCAUUAAAGCCAAAAUAUUUCAGUUCUUCCUCAAAGAGCUUUAGCAAGUUUUUAAAAUGCUCUCUUUUUCAAUCCCACUCUGUUAAACUGUAUCAGGAUGGCAUCACCUACACUUUGACUUAUUUAGUGUCUCUUUGAAUAAUUCAGUGUGAUUUUAGAAGCAGUCUCCCCAGUGCUGCAGUUUUUACCAUGACUGAAAGAGAGUUUUGUGUAAUAGAGGAAUUUGUAGAGCUGAGUUAUAAACUCCUUUUCUGUGGCUAUUAGCUGAUUUUUGUAAUAUUAUAAGAGGGCCAAAAAUCCUGAAGUGUGAUUAGUGUAGGAUACAUAUUUGGUUAAUACAGUUUUUGAGAUGCACUGGCUGCAUGGAGGACCUGUGAAACACUAUCCUGACAAGCUCUGUUUUCUCUUUUAUGAGCGGUUUUUGAUCUUCCAUUAUUUGAAAAGUUUUCAUCAAAAUUGCUCUCAUAUCCCUAAUUUGAACUUUUUCUGUUUUUCCCAUUUUAUAGACAUUCGAAACUGAAACAUGCCACGCAGUUUACUAAGUAAUGCAUUUGUUCUAUUUUAAUCUCUAUUGUAAACAUUUCUUCUGAAAUAUUAAUACUUUAUCUGAAUAAGAAAUAAAAUCUUCCUAACUUUAUGGCUCUUUUAUAAUGAAGCCUCUGAAGCCCUACAAGACAAUGAUGAUUGUUUUGCAAUCUUAUCAAAAAACAGUGGCAAAGGAAAAUUACUAUUUAAAAGGCAAUAACCUCCAGCAAAACCUGACUUUGUUUAACAGCGGUUUGCUGCCGUCAUUAUCCUUUACCUUUGUACAAGUUAUUAUUGUGUUGGAAUAGGAUAAUUAGCCUGUUGCCACACAUGAGUAAUAUGUUUGCCUAUAAUUAUCAAGUACAGACAAGGCAAUAGAUUAGUCACAGUAUACUCUGUAUUAUAUUUUAAAACAGAAACGUUAGUCUAACAAAAAGAAAAAUAACUUUCAUAUGCUUUAUUAUGGUAAAUUUUUAGACUAAGAAGGAUAAAACCAUUUUUAACUGAGAUAUAAGUGCGUGCCAACUGAACCUAGUCUCCCCUACCUACGUUUUAAGAGUCUUUGCCCUCCAGCUUUUCAUAAAUUUGUUCAGUGGAAAACAUAACAAAUACAGAAUCUCAGCGUUUUUUGACGCUGACUUUGUAACCAGGUCCUAUUAUUGGUGUUGUAUUGUCGGUGCCGUUGUGGACUUCAGCCUCCGGAGGGCACACAGUUGAGCGGACACAUCCCUCAGAGAUAAGUAGAGGAAGAAGCUCAGUGCGGCAGUCUUUGGUGGCGGUGGCUGAUGGUGGAGCGAGAGAGACGGCAGUAUGACAUGGUUAGCCACGUAACCGGGAAGCAGACUGGCUGUUUGCUAACCCCUAGGUGCUAACACUACUCGUGGGAAAAACCGGUCACCUCUGAACAGGUAUUUACUUUCACUGUUACUUCUAAAACCGGACAAACAACCACUUAAAUCCACACUGAAAGCUAAUUAGUGCGUUAGCCAACCAGUUAGCCGUUGUGCUAAGAAAUGCUAACACGGCUAUCCGGGAGUACAUAAGCAAUUAAAUUAACGAAGGCCAAUGAAAGUGUCACCUCGUAAAUGCAAAAUAGCGCUGUUUCAAUCAGGGUUAGUGAACUGGCACAAAAUAAGUGAGUUUGUGAUGAAACAGGCUGGACAGGUCGACCAGCUCGAGCUGCACCUCGCGUGCCCAGGUUAACGUUGAUGGCGUAUCGCUUCCUGCAUUCCUGUGGCUUGCUAUAAGAAUAUAGAGACAGCAGCUGACUUUGUUACUCAAACCCUUUUGAAUAACACUCAAACACCAGGUUAGCUAUUCACCAGUCACCUAAGUGUGUUUGCAUGGGACCAGUCGGCGGAGACAGCAGAUAGUCCUUCAUGUGUUUUUACUCCGAUGGAUCCUAACCAAUCAUCACAUCAUGGUUAUUCAGUUUGUCAUAUUGCCUGUGGAAACGGUAGGUCAGUUGGUCUCUCUUAAUACACUGUUUAAGUGUUUACUUUUUGUCUUUCUUCCUCGUUGUUCUCUCUCCUGCUUGGUUAAUGUUAAUUGCUUCACUUAACUCAGGAUAGAAAGAGUAUACUCAAGGAAGACUACAACUACUUACAUGGGCUGAUUUGAAGUCAAACUACCAGCCUGUUAAUCUUUUUGAGUAAAGGUAAAACGUACUUUAUUUGAAGUGCACUUAAAGCUACCGUGAGGAGUUUCUUAAAGGUCGUGAAACAGACUGAAAUGAGCAAGGAUGUGUGUCUUUUGAUGUACAAAAGUAAAUGAGACCAUCACACACAGGAUUGAAAAUCUCCAUAAUGUAAUUACCCAUGCCUGUAUCUGCUGUAAGGGGGACAUACACUGAAAAGAAAACAGUCUUGGUUACUUUUUACUACAGAAAACAUUCAGGUUCGGGUCAUUUUAUUUGCACUUAAAGGUAGAUGUUUGGCACUCAGUUUGACGAUUGCAAAACAAACGUAACAUGGUACAUAAAACAAAACAACCAUAAUAAUAAAAAAAAAAUACAAAAUAGAAUAAAAUUAGUAAAUGGGAUGCAUGAAUAUCUAGCACUCAGGUAAAUAAAUACCCAAUCCAAUGGAAUAAAACAAAGGUAAAAGUAAGUAUCAAACAAACAAAAUGUGUUAAUGAAUAAAAUGCAUCUGUCGUGUGCAAGCACUGUUGCAUCUUGUUCAGCUCGGUGAUAGCAGCAGAAACAAAACAGUUUUUAUGUUUUUGUUUUUUUUUGUUCUACACCUUGGUACUCAGAACUUUCAUCCUGACAGAAGAACCUGAAAUUCAUUGUACAAAAGGUGAAGGUCAUUAUUUAAAGUGAAAUAGUCGUCUCCUGUACCUGUCUGAUAUACAGGGAGGAUCAGCCCACUCCGCCAUUGAGAUAUUUGAGUUAAAGAAUGAAUUGCCUUUGAAAAAAAGUGACCAAACAAUGAGACUAGAGAAGAAGACAGAAGAAACUCAAUAAAAGGGUGAUUUUAAAGCUCAGUUUCUUAUCAGUUAUUGUUUCAUAGUAUUUAUAAGUUUGCAUACACUUUAUGGUCUGGCCUUUCAUUGACAUGGUGUCCUCCAAACAUCAACGAGCAUAUGUUUUGGAGGUAAGACUCCCUUCACCACUAAACAAGUUGUCAAAAGACCAGGCUGUGGCUGGUUUCAUUAUCAUGCAGCAGACUAACAAUAACAGCAUAAUCUGCAUAUUUUAUAAAUAGACCUGUUGGUAAAUCUGCUCUGACCUGUUUUUAUAGAGAAUAAAUGAUAAAGGUGACAGCACAAACCCCUACAGGAGCCUGUAGAGGAGCUCUUUUGGUUAGACGAGGUAGCAUUUACUCUCACUCUCUGUGACUUGUUUGUUAAAUUUAAAUCAAGGAUCCAGCCCGCCAGAUAACUGCUCAAAUCAAACUGAUCAGAAAGCCUUCUGCCUAAAAUGUGGAGUUGGAUGGUGUUAAAAUAGAGAAGAAAUCCACAAAGAAAGUCUGGCAUGUUCAAUACAGUGACUCUAGCAUCUCCCACACUGAAGUGAGGCCUGUACGCAAACCGCACAAGAUCCAAAGUACCUUAAGUUUGCCUCCAGAUCUAAGCAAUCGGCCCAGAAUCAUUUAGAGCUUUAGGAUAACUGGAUUUUAGAACAAUUACAACCACAGCAUCUCUCCAGAGGUUGGGCAUGUGUUGUGUCUGUAAGGAUGUUGCCCCUCAGCACAGGACUUUAGUAUGUGACUGACGACAGAUAUUGUCAGGACCAUGGGUCCUGUUCACUUUUACAGAAAGGCGCUUUUACAUCCUUAAACUGAAUGCUCAAGUGCUGAGUGUCCAGUUCUUGGAUGUCCUUGCUAAAAUCAAAAGAAUCAAAAUGACAAUAAAAACAAUUAGGAGCACUGGCAAGAGCAAUAUCUGAGUAGCUGAGUGCAAGUCAGAGGCUGAAUGCUGUUUUAAAGUAAGUUUUCUUUUUUUUUGUAUGCAGGAUUUGACAGAUUAGUGAUGCAUGGUUUGGUGUUGUUGGGACAGAAUUUUUUUUAACUCACCUUGAGGGAAUGAUCAUAUUUACAACUAGAAAGUUGUCAAGACAAAAAAAAGAGAUUUUUUUUGUCACCUAACACCAUUUUCACAAGGCCUAGAUAUUAUCAGCAAGAAUAAAAGGUUACCACUUUGUAUACAGGGUCCACCAGAACCCACGCAGACAGAAAGUUCCUCACAGCAGCUUUGAAGUACUGAGCACUUUCAUUCAACCAAUAAUGUUAGUGGGGGAGGACGUAGUUGAAUAUACUCCCAAGAUUAUCUGCUGAUUCCCAAUCUUAUGGCUACUUGUAUUCACCUAGACAAUAGAGCGGUCACAAUAUCUUUAAAUCGGACUGUAUGUUGUCACAAAUGCAGUUUCACAGUUUCUGAAAUGUAGUUCUCGGAUGGCAGGACAUCCUAUAGAUGUAAAAGACAGCAAAAAAAAUGCAGUUUCAACCAUGGCAAUGGUCUGGUUGUCCAAAGUGACAAAUUCAGUCGCCUUCUCUGUUAACCUUUGUCCUGUUCACUUUCUCAAUGAUAUUUAUUCUUCUUUUUAAACUCCUUUUUUAGUCUCUUGAAGACGUUUGUUGCUUCAGUACAGCAGCCUUUCCUCUCUUGCUCUGGUGAAUGUUCUCCAUUAAAUAUUUAGUUCUUGGAUGUCAUAUCCAAUUGUCAGUAUUGAAUACAGCUUUACUGAUACUGCCACUGAUACUGAAGAUGGUAUUGCACUUCAUGCAAGUGGCGGUUGGACUGUUUGCACUUUCUAGUUGAAAAUAUUUCAACACCUCAGACAUUUUAGCCGCAGGAUUGUUAAUGCAGAGUCGCGUGCACAUUUGCAUUCUGCCACAAAUUUUGCUCAGUGAACGACAGCUGGUGUAAAUGAUCGGGGUGAGAGGAUCAGCUCAAAUUGCCAAUCCCCCAUCUGUUAAACAUGCCCUGAUUGGCUCCAGUCUGAUAGUUAAGAUUGAAAACAGCAUCAUUUGUCAGAAUUGCACAUUUUAGAGGAUUCAUCCACACUUAACCUAUAACCGGCUGAGCAGAGAGGCUGUUUGUAAGCCCAAAUUCAAGAGAUUCAUUAGUUUUUAUGAAGGGGGGAAAAGAGCUUUCAUAUAUAUUCUUAUUAAGGAUGUUCUGGCUUGAAAUAUUUAAAAUCAAGAGUUAUAUUUGGACCUGUCAGGUAAAGGUAGCUUGAAUUAGUGUAAUGAGAUAGCUUAACCAUAAAUAAGACAGUACUUGACAAGAUUCAAGUUGGUUGCAGUGUAGACACCAUCGAAGCAGCUGUCUGUUAGUCAAUGGAAAAGCUCGUGUUUUAAGCCAUUUUGUCACAGAUGUAACAUACAAUACUUUACAGAGAAAAUAAACAAGUGAAAAGUUCAAGACAAAAGUAGAAAUACCCAAAAAGCUACUCAGUUGCAGUAACCUAAGUGAAUUCCAUUUGUGUCUUCUUACCACCGGUAGUAUGUAUUAAUACCAGACUUACCCACUGAUUACGAUUAUACUAUAAAUUGCAAGAGAGUCAUAAUGACACACCAGGAGUUCCCCUUCGCUGAUGAGCCAAAACACUACCUCACAGAUGAAGUGAAGAUGAAUAUUAUCAUUAUUACUCAUGGGCCAAUUUGAAGGAGGGCCCAUUCAGGGAGUUGUAUUGUUAACUUUUUUUAUUCAGUAACUGUAUCACAGGACUAUGAAGGGCAAUGUGUUGCUUUAUAUAUAUAUUUUUUCAUCGUAGCUACAAAUUAGUUUUAUCUGGUCCUGUUAUUGUUGAUGUAGUUAUUCAUUUUUAUCCACUAUCACCUGCUUUGUUGCCCUCUAUCUCAGCAUGAAGUGCAACACAAUCACAGCAGAUCAUUGUCCACCAUUUCCCUCAAGCUUUCUAAAAGAGAAACUUCUCCUGCCACAGUGCCACUGUUUCCUGUCAAAUGUGUCCAGCUGUUUGCUCAUGGCAGAUUUAUGUUGGGUCUUUGUAAAUAGUACAACAAAAGGGGCAGUUUACUUUAACUCUUUCUGUGAAGUGUCUCGUGAUACUGUUUAUUAUGAACUGGCUUUAUGCCAAUAAAAAUUGACUGAUUGAUUUUCAGGUGUCUGGACUGGCCAGGACUGCACUGUUGGGAAGCACCUCCAUUGUUUGUUGUUAAAUGUGACAGACAACAGCAACACAUCCAGCCUCACUAUGGGUCAGGACAGGGGGAAGUAUGAUUUCUACAUUGGCCUGGGGUUGGCCAUCAGCUCCAGCAUCUUCAUCGGAGGCAGCUUUAUCCUCAAGAAGAAAGGUCUGCUGAGGCUGGCCAGGAAGGGGUCGAUGCGAGCAGGUACUGACUUUCCCUGAGCAUUCGCUGCUCUUCAACAAACAAUCCAACUUUGAGGCACUCCCUGUAUUCUUGCUGAGCACCGAGAGUUGAUGAAGUAGUUAAACCUGUGGGGACGGCCCCUUGUCAUACCUGGUCACACCACAUUUCAGGCUCACUUGGUUUUGCACAACUCUGCAGGGUGUGUUUGUGUUUUUUACAUGUGUGAGUCAUGAAUCAUCAGUAAUCAUUAACUUGACCAGAUCACAAAAGCUGCUCCAGUCCACCUGCAGAACAUGUCCUCUCCAGCUUCAGUAUAUUUGAACAUGUUAUUUGAAUAAGUGAAAACAGGUGCAUUAAUUUUUAAUCUUUGUUUGCAGGCCAGGGUGGUCACGCCUAUCUAAAAGAAUGGCUGUGGUGGGCUGGUCUCUUGUCAAGUAAGUAGUUGUGAAAAUGUAAUUUGUUAUACCUCCCAACACUUUCUUUGACCUGCUAUUACCUAACCAGUGUCUUUGUACUUACUGUUGUUGCAACACAGCCAAAGCUCAGGAAGUAUCUCUGUGUUUCAGUCCUUGUCCUUUAUUUCAACAUAGAAGUUUUUCUUUUACAUGUGCUGAAAACCUAAAGAGGGAUUUCUGUGUCUGUAGACCUGGACCCAGACUCCAUGAACAAAAGCAGUAAUUAACCUUGCAGAGCACAGGAGUUACUGAUUCACUAAUGCCUGAACCUGCGAGUUUAUUGGUGUUUUUGUGUGACUUUGUUGUCCAAAAGGGUAAGGUCAAAACUAACACAGCAAAGUCAUACAAACAAACUGACUGGUUAAUACGGCUGUGGAACCGCAACUGCAAGUGGCAACCUUCAGGUGUAAAAAAAAAAAUUAAGGCCAUGCAGAGGCACAAAGAACUGCAGUACCGAGAGUGUCCACUGAAGGCUGGCUGCUAAAGCUAAGGAAUCCCCAUGAGGUGCCAUGUCCAUUUUACAGCAAAAGUGAAGAUGUUAAGAGCCUGGUACAAAAACAGUUGAGGGCGUGCAGGUCAUUUAUUAAUCCACACAAUCUGUAGGAGAGGGGUGAGUUAUCUUACAAUUGAUCAGUUCUGUGAAGAGCAUGUAUUUGUGUCAAUUUUGGCUCCCCCUGUGGUCAAAGUGGUAACAUCUUACUACUUUUUAGGUCAUGUUUAUCAACCAAAAAAUCAUUCUGCUGUGGUAUUCAACAGUCAUACCUAUUAUUCACUGUGAAUAUUUUCUGUGAAAAAAGUAAGAUUAGGCGUCUUCUUCAGGGAGCUGCCUAUUGCCUUGUCUGGCACCAAACCCCUCACAGUGUUUUCAGGUAUUAGAUAUCAAAAUCUAUAAAAUGUCAGCCUUUGAGCUGAUGGUCUCAUUUUUGUAUAAACAAGACCAGUGGAUAAAGCAGGAAACAGGUUAGAGAGAGAGGAAUGAGAGCGAGAGAGAGUGAACAAGGAGUGACACAUGGGAAAGUGGUUGCAGGCUACAAUCAACCCAGGUCAUCUACAUACAUGGAUCCUCCUUUUCGUUCAACCUAACCUCCUCCUCCUGGGCUGAGCUUCUCAAGAGGACCACCAGGCCAGUAGUGCCCCUAUUUUCGUUAGCUGUGCGUCGAUACAAUAAAACCCCUCAGAUGGCUGUAAAAGGAUUUAAAUGCUAGAAGUUGGAAACAUAAACUAAUGUGGGGCAUGGCUGAGUUGACCGACAGUCAAAAAAGAGAGACUAUACUCAUGAGCGACUCCCAUGUGUUGUAAAUGACCCUCUUUGGUAAUGAGGUUUGUUGGCCUUAUGGAAGAUUUGUAAGUGAUCUAUGCUUUUAAAAAGUUCACACCUCACUCUGCUGGCCUAACAGUCUUGGUGUGUUUCCCAUAUACAGGAGUUAAGCCACAGGCAGGUGGCCCAUGGCCACAGUGUCCUGUGGCUUCAGUACUGCUUGUCGCUCCCCAUUCCCUCCUCUUUCCACUGUCCUGUCCUCUCCAAUUUGAGGGAAAAGCCUGAAAAUAAAUAUUUAAAUAAAAGCUCUGACCAAGACAAAAAGUUUUUCUCUUGCAGAGAUUUUUUCUCUGAGGUUGUUAGACACUUGGUUAUUGAUCUGAGCUUCAGAGGCAGACCACAGAUUUUAACUCUCACUUGGAGCACACAUGCAUGCUUUUUGUAUGGUUAUGUUGCAGCUUUCAUGGCCCAUACUGUAACUGCUGGCUUAAACAAUCUCCAAACUUUUCCUCCUUGGGCUUUUUCUGCUUUUAUUAGAUGGAAAAACUAAACUGAGGUAUUCAAAAUGGGGAGAAAAUGUGUAAGUGGUCUAAGCUAGCAGUCAGACAUACUGCCAAUGCUUGAAAAGAUAUGGCCUCUGAAUGCAGGGUGCCUACUCUGCUCACUGACUUUAAUCAGCGUCCUGCUUUCUCCAGACUUUUUGUACAUAAGAAUCAUUUAGAUUUUCAAGUUUGCACAAAUGAUAUGAAAUGAAGAUAUUUCUGCAACUGUUUUUAAAUAUUAUUUUUAUUGUCUUUCAGUGGGAGCAGGGGAAGCAGCAAACUUCGCAGCCUAUGCCUUUGCUCCUGCGACUCUGGUCACCCCGCUGGGAGCCCUCAGUGUGCUCGUCAGGUAUAAAUGACUCAUUGUGUGACUGGGAGAGACUUAAACCUGAUCCAAACUGACCUUUAGUCUCAAGUAUUUGUAAAUAGAUUUGUAGAGUGGAGUCACUGUGGCUGACCUUCACUUUCAUUGCAGUGCGGUGCUGUCAUCAUACUUCUUGACAGAGCGGUUAAACCUGCAUGGGAAGCUUGGCUGCUUGCUCAGCAUCCUGGGCUCUACCACCAUGGUAAUUCACGCUCCAAAAGAGGAAGAGAUCAGCAGUCUUGAAGACAUGGCCAAGAAGCUGGUGGACCCAGGUACAGAACAAAGAAUGUUAUAGAUGUCUUUUGUUUUUAAGGUUUGCCUCUUAUUCCUGCCCAUUGUCAUAUGUUUUAUGUGAGUGGUAAAGAAAAUAAAUAGAGCAUAGCUAUACUCCUGAAUAACGAUAAGCUGUCUAAUAGAAGUUCUGAGGAAGGAUCUUAAUUUAACAAAUGUUUGUAGUACAUUCAUGACAAAAUCUUUGGACAUUUGGACUUGGUGUGGAUAACACUGACUGUCUUUAUUCAACAGAAACAGUAACAACAGCUUGUGAUCUUUUUUUUUUUUUUUCUUCUUGUUGCCACACCUAAAUCUCAACAAAAAGCUGUCUGUGGGAAAGCGGAUGUCUUCUGAGCAAGAUAAAAAUAAAAAAAAGUGAAGACAAACAUGGCAGUGAAAGUUGACACCUACUCUCCUCCAGACAUGAGGAAAUAACUAACAGAUUAGUAGUAGGAUAACAUGAGUUGUAUGGACAAUAAAAGCAGCUCUGUCAUUGGGUGUGUUUUAUGGUAGGGAGCUUUUAGAGACACUGAUAUUUAACAUUAAACCGCUUUAGUGUUUUUAUCAGUGAGAAUAAUUAAAAGUUUGGUUUGAGGCAGAGGAGAUGUCAGCCGUCAACAAGUUCUUAAAACCUUAAACACUGAAAGAGUCCCAAAGUUGAGAUGAUGUUAGAUGCAGGUUUUUAUGGGUGAGAUUUUUAGCUCUUUUUCAGAGAUGAGGUUAAGUGAGAAUGACAUGAAAAGGGUCUUUGGUCAUAAUAAGCCUGGGCUAGCCGCUCUGAGGACUACAGUCUCUGUACUGGAGUAUACGAUUUAAUCCCUGAGCCAGACUGGCACCCUUGAGACAGUGAUUUCUUGUGUAAUUCCUUAGGGAUGCACCUCAGCUGAGCAUCAGUGUUGGGUAAUAUGUACUGACAGAAACAGGCACAUAAACAAUUUGCUGAUAACAGAGUCCAGGUUUAUCUGCUGUGUUGUAUCAAUUUGACUCUGGUGAGCUAGACAUUAUAGCUCAUUUAAAAUGGCACACAGAGUAUUGCAAAUGCAUUAAAAACAUGUGCAAUUGACCAGUGGAGAAAUUGUUAUUUUUAAAUGAGGUUUUAGGCAUGACUACUUUUAUUAGACAGGCCAGCAGAAGAGAGAUGGGAAACAUAGGGAGCAGAAAGUGAUGAGGACUUCACAGGGGUCAAGAGCCAGAAACCAAACCAGCAAUCACAUUAACAAUGACCAUAGCCCCCACACAUCUGAGGCCCCCUGAUGGAAAGGCCAUCAUUGCCCCAAUAAAGUUAUUUUAAGCAAAUCAAUCAAUCUUUAUUUAUUCAACUGCUGCCAAAGAUUAUUUAGGUAAGAUGAGACCUGUUUCAAUCCACCAUGAACAGAGCACUUGGCAGCAUUAUUAAGUAACAGUGGCAAGAAAGAAUUUGAUUAAACAGGCAGAAACCUCAAGUCAUGUUGAACAUCCAUCUGCUGCAACCAUCUGAGGACUGGAACCAUAGAUAUCUGUAUUGAUCCUGAUUUACACAACCACUUAAUCUCUUAUAGGACUUGUAAUGACAGUUUUGGUUUUGAUUCAGUUUUUAAAUACACUGAUAGAAAUCUUCAGUGCAUUUGUAGAUACCUUAUUUGUUGGGGGCCAGUUUAUCCCUUCACUUCUUUAACCGAUGCCCUUGUUAGGCUGCCUCGACUUGACUCAAAGCCCCAAAUUUACCGUCUCUCUUAAUGUAAGGGAUCAAAUCAGACCAAAAGAUCACUUAAAGAGGAAAAAAUAGAAGCUAUUCCCAAUCUUCAGGCAUCAGUCACUUUUAAAAUGCUGCUAAAACUGACAGCAUUAUACAGCAGUGUAAAUGUUAAUGUUGAUCAGCAUAGAAAACAUGAAACUAAUAGCUUCUUAUUAAAACACACAGGCUUGUUUUGCUUUGUCGUAACAUUGUUAUUAAUUUUUUUGUUUCCUAUUGAUGUUUAGUCAAAUCCUCUCUCUGUCUCCCUUUCAGGGUUUUUUGUUUUUGCCACCAUCGUCAUCAUCGUGGCUCUCAUCUUCAUCUUUGUGGUGGGUCCCCGCCACGGUCAGACCAACAUCCUUGUCUACAUCACCAUCUGCUCAGUGAUCGGGGCGCUCUCAGUGUCCUGUGUCAAAGGACUGGGUAUCGCUAUCAAGGAGGCCAUAGCUGGGAAAAGCGUGGUGAGGAACCCCCUGGCGUGGAUCUUACUGUUGGGUCUUGUUGCCUGUGUGAGCACACAGAUCAACUACCUGAACAAAGCUCUGGACAUUUUCAACACCUCACUGGUGACUCCAAUCUACUACGUGUUCUUCACCACAUCUGUGCUCACCUGCUCCGCCAUCCUCUUCAAGGAGUGGGGUCACAUGGGUCCAGAUGAUGUGAUCGGCACCCUCAGCGGUUUCCUUACAAUCAUCGUGGGGAUCUUCCUGCUCCAUGCCUUCAAAGACGUUAGCGUAAGUCUAGCCACUCUGGCUGUGUCUAUUAGGAAGGAGGAACGAGCAGCCAACGGUUCAGCGCCUCACAGCACGUAUGAACUGAUUCACAACGAAUCCACAGAGGACAUUGAGGACAGAGAGAUGGGUUUGCCUUUUGAUAGCGUCUCCAGAAGAAACGGGGCGAUGACCUCCUCCCUGGACCAUUAA